AUGAGUGUCCUUGGGUAUGUCAGAGUGUUUGCGGUUUCCACUUUGCUCCUCAACUUGCUUGUCGUCUAUUUAAUCGUUUUUGCUACGCCGAAAAGCUUGGGCAAUUUCCGAUGGCAUAUUUUAACGUUACACAACUUUCAAAUGAUUUUCGAAUUCGGUAUCAUUUAUUGUGAAUUUCCGUUUCUUGGACUCCCAGCAUUUGUCGGUUUCACGGUUGGGCUAUUCACCGAGUUUGGAAUCGGAAUCUAUUGGCAAAUGGUCUUUUCAAGCUUCGUUUUAUUUUCGAUGCUCUCAAUGGUUCAACUAAUCGUUUUCUCGCGUCACCAAGCCAUUUUGCCCGCCAAUCAUUGGUUGAAAUUGGGAAAAGUUGCAAGAGAUUUAUGGAUUUACUCGUGCUAUUCCCUGCCCGCUUUCUGCAGUUUGACAAUGGCUGUACUGCUGUGGAGCUACGAUUAUCACGCAGCGCUGGGGAAAAUCGAAAAUAAGUAUCCCUAUUUGUCUCCAUUCUUUCACCAGCCAAGCAGCGGUCAAACGAAUCCCUCAGUAACAUUGGUGCUUUGGUCCCUCGGUCGAGCCUCGAUACAACAAGUGUUAGCCUACAUUCCAAUACAGAUAUUCGGUGCCUUUGUUGGGACGGCUACGGCUUAUCUUGACUAUUUGGAAACACUCAAUUUCUAUGAUGGAGGUCGACGACAAAUCGAUGGCCCGAAUGGAACGCUGUGCUUCUUCGUCACUUGUAUCGCACCGUAUUCGACAAAACUGAGCGCUUUAUUUGAUCAGAUCGUUGGCACAGCUAUUCUCUGUAUGACGAUGGCGGCGAUGCUCGAUCCAAAGAAUGGAGUGCCGAAAUUUUUGCAUCCACUCUUUGGAGGACUAACGGUGCUCACAAUCGGACUUGCGUUCGCUCAAAACGACGCUUAUCCAAUUCACGCAGCAAGAGAUCUCGGCGCUCGUUUGUUCAUGUUCAUCAUUUAUGGGAAAGGAGUUUGGACAAAAGACGAUUAUUACUGGUGGGUGCCAAUCCUUGGGCCGUUGAUUGGUGGAUUUGUCGGCGCUUGGCUUUACGUGUUGUUCAUCGAUUUUCACGCGUGGUCGAAUCGAGAAGAGGAUGAGGUUGAGCUC